CCAAGGCCCAGUGCCCCCCUCCCGUCGGCGCCAUUCGGAACCCUCGCCCCGGCCGCCCCGGGCUGCCUCCUUGCCCAGGCAGACGGAGCUGGCUGCUGCUGGGCAGAUGGGACGGUAGGCAGGGCCCCAAGGGGCCACCCUCACAAGUGACCUGGCUGCCCCGGCCGUUUGCUCCAGGCCAGCAGGGUGAGGAGAUGGGGCGCCCCCCAGGCCCCCACAGCGCCCGGGCCCCGGCGGGCUCCACGGCUGUACACGGGCUCAUUCCGGACCUGGUCGCCCGGAUCCCCUGGCUCCGCUGGGCGCUCAUAGCCACUGCGGUCGUGGCUGGCGUCCUCGUUGUUUCCUGACUGCUCUGUGCCAUCUGCCGCCGCGGCCGCCACAGGAAAAAGCCCAGAGACGAGGAGGCCGUGGGCCUGGGCAGUGCCUGCAGCACCAUCGACACCCACCUGGUGCAGCCAGAUGUGGAUGACGUGGAGCCUGGCCCUGGGGGGCCCCAGCAGCGGGAGCGCCUGCAGCUGUCCGUGGAGUACGACUUUGGAAGCCAGGCGAUCAAGGUGGGCCUCAAGCAGGGCACGGCGGACCCCUACGCCCGCGUCAGCCUCUCCCCUGAGGCCGGGUGCAGGCACGAGACGAAGGUGCACCGUGGUACCCUCUGCCCCACGUUCGAGGAGACCCGCUCUUCCCACGUCCCCCCCGUGGAGCUGCCCCGGACCACCCUGCGGGUGCAGGUCUUCUCCCAGCACGAGCCUCUGGGCGUGCUCGGCGUGCCGCUGGGCACCGUGGAUCUGCAGCCCAUGAGCCCCGAGCUCUGGCACCCGCUGGGCCCGCCCAGCGCUGCCGAGCCUGAGCAGCUGGGGGAGGCGUGCUUCUCGCUCUAGUGCGUGCCCUGUGCUCAGCCCUCAGACCUGGGAUGCCCUACGAUCCCUUUCACUUGCCCAGAGCCCUACGUGAAGGUCCAGCUUGUGCUGAACCAGAGGAAGUGGAAGAAGAGAAAGACAUCUGCCAGGAAGAGCACGGCCACCCCUUACUUCAACGAGGCCUUCACCUUCCUUGUGCCUUUCAGCCAGAUCCAGAGUGUGGCUCUGGUGCUGGCCGUCUGGGCCCGGGGCCCACAGUUCCGGGCCGAGCCCGUGAGCAAGGUUCUGCUGGGCGCCCGGGCCUCUGGUCAACCCCUACAGCACUGGGCAGACAUGCUGGCCCAUGCCCGGCGGCCCAUCGCCCAGUGGCACCGCCUGCAGCCGGCCAGGGAGGUGGACAGGGCCCUGGCCUUGCAGCCCCACCUGCGCCUGCCCUUGCCUGGCUCCUGAAAGCAGCCCCGGCCCUCGGUCUCCCUGGGCUGGGCCACGGGCCCCGUGCAGGCUGCCCUGGGGACCCACCAUAAUAAACGCCUUCUCCCCCA